AUUUAAUGCCCAUUGGAGCAUCGAAAGCAACGAGGCCGACGAUAAUGCUACCUCAGCAACAUAUUCGCUCGUCGUGAACAGAAACUUACUUGGGAGCUGAGCCAUCGCUCUGGAUCAUCAGUAUCGUCGACAGUAGAAAGGGGCCUCGCCCCCGAAAGAACCGCCAACAUGAGUGCGUCACAGCUGUGGGACAAGCGGAGAAACAAUGGACCCGAAGAGUCCUGCCCUCCGGUCUAUGCGCAUGAAGAGCUACAUGUAGACCUAGAAGUGAAGAGGUUGUGCGCCGCCACAAAGGGCAAAGCAGUAGACAGAGGGGACGGCCGGACGGCGCAAGCGCUACGGCCCAUCUUCCUCCAAUGCGGGCUCAUCCCCCAAGCCAGCGGGAGUGCGUAUAUCGAGACUGGCGGGAUGAAGAUCGCGUGCGCCAUCUAUGGACCGAGGCAGAUCCGAGGGCGACAGUACAGCGGCAAGGCCGAAUUGAACGUUGAUGUUCGAUAUUCGCCAUUUGCAACGGAAUGGAGAAAGCGGCCGGGAAAGGACGCCGAAUCGGCUUCGCUUGGCCACCAUAUCCAUGAAGCGCUUCUCCCGUCACUACGCCUCGAUCUCCUACCCAAGGCCUCCAUCGACGUACUCGUGCAGAUCCUUGAAGCAGAUGGGCCCGAAGAAUCGUGCAUCGCUGCAGCCGUCACCGUUGCUAGUACCGCAUUGGCGGAAGCAGGGAUAGAGACGUACGGCCUUGUCGCUGGCGUAUGCGGUGCGUUCGUCACAUGCUCAUCUUAUACAAAGGCUUCAACAUCUUCUGCUGCUGUAGCAGUUCUUCCCUCGCCCUCUUUCUCGCUUCUUGUCGAUCCAACACGCCUAGAAGUCCAGACAUCUUCUGCGCUCGGCUGGCUGCAGCUCAAUGCGAUGCCGGCACUAGGCAGCGUGACGAGUAUGCGCCAUGCGGUGCGAGGUGGCAUGGAUUCAGAUGAGCUGGACGCGGCUGUUCAACAGCUGAUGGAAAAAGCGGUCGAGGUGCAUUAUGUCAUGGCGAAGACGCUCUCCGAGAACUUUGCCAGUGCGCAACAGUCUUGAUGUAGUUUGGAUCCCCAGCACACGCCACCCUGUCGCGCAUCUUAUCACUCAUUGCGAAGAACGUGCUCUCACUAGUAAUACAGCGCAGCGUGCUUACGAAGGGAACUCCCGCCUGUUCUGCUCUGGUUGAAUCAUGCAGGGUCCCCAUCGACACGUUUUCCAAAUGGUGCAGGGCGUGCUUGUGCAAGGCAACGGGGGAUCGCACGAGGCCGACAUCGCAACCAAAGUCAUCUCUUGCUCCGUAUGGGUCACGCGAACUGACGCUGUAACAUGUUUCAGCCAGGUGACCUUAUGCUUUUGAUAGACAGCAAGCAAGACUUAUUUCUGAGGCGAAGUUCGCCAAUUUCUCGCAGUG